UGAAGGCACAAUAGCUGAUACAAUGACAACACUGAUACCAAUGCUUCUUCUUUCAUUAAUUUGCAUUCAAUUCGGAUUAUCACUGCAAGCUUGUCAAGAGUGUGCAUGCUGUAGCAAUGGACAACAUUUUUGUGAUAGUAGAAAGAUCUGUAUAGAUGGAUGUCAAGCAGGUUAUUAUGGUGCAAAAUGCACCGAACAGUGUCUGGAAAAUUGUGAAUCAUGUGUUGAUGGCUAUGAAUGUACAGAAUGUCGACCUGGCUAUUAUACCAACAAAUGUAAUUUACCAUGUGGGAAAGGUUGUCUGAACAGCACAUGUUCAAAAUUAUCAGGAGAAUGUACUUGUAAGUCGGCAGAUUUUGUCAAAGGUAAAUGUGAUUUUUGUUUGGGGCAUAAGUAUGGUAAUGAAUGUGAGAAAACAUGUCCUAGUAACUGUGGAAGUUGCAUAUCAGAUACACAUUGUGUCUGGUGUGUAGACACUGCUUAUUACGGAUCAUAUUGUCAAUAUAGAUGUUCGGUUGGUUGUGUCGAUAAAAUAUGUAAUAAAGGAACUGGGCACUGUACUAAACGAUGCAAACAUGGUUUUGUCGGGGAUAAAUGUGACAUCUGCUCGUUUGGUUUAUACGGACCCAAUUGUGAUUUAAAUUGCACAGAAAAUUGUAUUGAAUGUUUUUCGGCAACAAACUGUACAAAAUGUAAAUCUGGUUUUUAUGGGGAUACAUGUGCAAAUGCAUGUCCAGCUGGUUGUGAUAAAACCUGUUCAUUUUCCACUGGACAACAUUGCAAUUGGACAGAACAAUACCGUGUUUGUGAAAGAGAUACAGGGAGUUGUUUACACGGAUGCAACUUGGUUACAAAAUAUGGCGAUUUUUGUGAGAAACAAUGUAGUAAUACCUGUUACAAUCAAAGCUGCGACUUGGAAACGGGACAGUGUUUAGAAGGGUGUGAAAUGGAUUUUUACGGAUUAUUUUGUAAUAAUUCAUGUUCUACUUCAUGCAUAUCUCAAACCGGCAAACUAAUAUGUGAUGGAAUGAAAGGUCACUGUUUAUUUGGAUGUAAAGAUGGUUUCCAUGGCAAAAGAUGUGACAACAUAUGCAGUAGACUAUGAUUAAAUACAACCUGCAACCAAACAACAGCGGAAUGUGUAUAUGGCUGUAUAGAUGGAUUUAAAGGACCUAAAUGUGCUGAAGUUAUACCGGAUCUAGAAGGCUAUUAUACAAGAAGUACACUGAUAGGAUCUACAAUAGGGACAUUUCUAGCUGGUGGUAUUAUUGCCGGAAUUGCAUUCUUGAUAACUUUCAUUGUAUGGAGGCGAAGGAAUAUUCAAACUAAAGAAGUACAUGUACACGGAUAUGAAAAUGCGAUACCUUGUGGAAAUGUUU